CCUCGCGCUCUCUGAGUCUCCAGCAUCCUCCGGUCCAUGGAUUACACAGUUUCCCUCCAAGUGCAACAUCAGCUGGCGGUGUUUCCCACGCACCUCUACCAGGGAUACAGCGUGGAGGUUCAGAUGAAGUCAACAGAAGUGGACCACGGGCUUUUCACAGACAGCUACUGCAAAGUGUGCAGCGCUCAGCUCAUCUCCGAGUCCCAGAGGGUGGCCCAUUAUGAGAGUCGGAAACACGCCAACAAAGUGCGGCUGUAUUACAUGCUACAUCCUGUGGAUGGAGGCUGCCCCGCCAAGAAGCUCAGAACAGACAAUGGCAGCGACAAAGGCGACGUGGACAAGAAUAAGUGCUGCACGCUGUGUAACAUGUCCUUCACCUCCGCAGUGGUGGCACAGUCGCACUACCAGGGUAAAAUCCACGCCAAGAGGCUAAAACUGCUGCUGGGGGAGCAGCCGGUCAUCACAGCCAAAGAGGCGUCCCCCAGUCCUGUAAAGAGCUCCCCAGAAACGUCCCCCAUGACGUCCCCCCGACAGCGCCGGGACUCGGACCGUUACUGCCAGCUAUGCAACGCCUGGUUCAACAACCCCGGCAUGGCUCAGCAGCACUACGACGGCAAAAAGCACAAGAAGAACGCAGCCAGAGCGGACCUGCUGGAGCAGCUCGGGAAGACCCUGGACAUGGGCGAGAUGAAGGGUCUGAAGCGGAGCUACACCUGUGAAGUGUGCAGCGUCACUCUGAACUCGGUGGCUCAGUACCAUGCACACCUGCAGGGCUCCAAGCACCAAAACAAUCUGAAGAACCAGAUAUGUGUCCAGUGAUCGUCACCGCAGAUGAAACCUCUUGGAUUGAUGUCAGACAAGCUGAUGGUCAGCUUGCCCUCCAUCCUGCUUCUACUCCUCCAUCAUCUCUAUCUCUGUCUUUUUAAGGAGGAUUAUAAAGAGAUGUUUUGUACCACUCCAGCACUGCAUCGGCUCUCACCUGUGGGGAUAGAGUGGUGCAGGAAUGAGUCCCAAACGCCAGAAAAAGUCUGCAUUUUUAGCACUUCCUGUCUGAAGUCAAUGGGUUUCUGAAUGUGUUUUAGCUGGAAAUUAUGUCUGUGGUUAAAACAAGCUGAAGAGAUUUUAAUUGUACGUCAUUAAAUACGUGACCGUGCUGUAGUUCCUUUAUAGCCCAAAAUUAGCCACCUUUAGCUUAGCAGUGGUCACGUGAAGUCAUGUGACCGUGCUGUAGUUCCUUUAUAGCCCAACAUUAGCCUCCUUUAGCUUAGCAGUGGUCACGUGAAGUCAUGUGACCGUGCUGUAGUUCCUUUAUAGCCCAACAUUAGCCUCCUUUAGCUUAGCGGUGGUCACGUGAAGUCAUGUGACCGUGCUGUAGUUCCUUUAUAGCCCAACAUUAGCCACCUUUAGCUUAGCGGUGGUCACGUGAAGUCAUGUGACCGUGCUGUAGUUCCUUUA